AUAUUAAUCUAGGUUUACCUAAACGUCGAUUAAAAUGAACGUUGGUUUGAGCUCAGUUUAAAUGUAAUUGUAUUCCACCAACUCUUGAGAGGCGUCGUUUAAGUGAACUUAUACUCUAUACGAUAAAACUUUUUUAACAACCUGUGAUUGGUCGAUUAUGAGCGUAAAUUUAUGAAAUGAUGCAUAAGUUGAUCGUCGGUUCUAACCUCUUCUAGCAGUAAGGAAGAUCGUGAAAAUUGAGAAUUUCGUGAAGUUAAAAAUAAGUAAUCCUAAAAAAAGAGGAACAAAUUUUUCAAAUAAUGAGAAAUACUUAUUAAUUGAAUUAGUAACAAAAUAUAAAGAUGUAGUAGAGAAUAAAAAGACUGACGCAGUAUUCGCCAAAGAAAAAAUAAAGUGUUGGGAUGAGAUUUGUAAAAAAUUUAAUUGCGAAUCAAAUAUAUUUCGUGAUGCAGUAACAUUGAAAAAUUGUUGGGAAAAUCUAAAAAAGAGAACUCGAAAAUACUAUGCUGAAGAAAGAAGCAAAUUAUAUAAAACAGGAGGUGGACCACAUGAAAGUCAAUAUGACCCUGUAAUGGAAAAGAUUCAUAUUAUAAUAAAACCUUCAGUUGAUGGUUUGACUAAUGAAUUUGAUAAUGAUAAUAUAGAGAAUAAUCAAAAUUCAUAUUGUGAAAAUGAAUUGGAAGAUAAUAAUGAUGACAGUAAUACUCAAGGUAAUACGACUGUACCGUUAGAAAACUUAUUUGAGGAGAUACCUUCAUCUGAUGCAGAAGAUUCUGUACUAAAGUAUGUAGGUACAACCCAAGAGACACCAGAAUACACAGAAUCAUUUCCUGCCUUGGCAAGCAUUAAAAAAAGGAAAUUAGAUGAUAUGAAAAGAGAUAUGUCUAAUAAAAACAUGCCAUUUAAACAAAGCGGUCAAAAAAAUAAGCAACAUAUCAAUGUACAGUUCCGAAAUACAAACAAUUUUAAUAAAAAUUGUAAUGUAUCUGAAGAAAAAAGUGAUUCUUCUAAACCUACUAUAAACUCAAGUAAACAGUUACAAGAUAUUGCAAUUAAUUGCGAUACAUCCUCAGAAGAAAAUGAAUGUCCUACUGAUAAGGAUGAUUUUGGUAUUACACAAAGAAAGAUUGUAAAUACAGGGACAAAGACGAAGGAAAAAAGUGCUGUGAACGUGUUGAGAAAGAAGAUGAAUAAACCAAUUCAAAUACGUGGAGAAAAUGUACAAUUCAAUAGCGAUUGUGCAAAGACAUUUCCUCAAACAAAAAAAAAUUACUCUAUGUCGGAUAAGGUAUUAAAUUUUGCAACAUUAGCAAAAUCAAAAACAGAAUUAGUUGACGUUAUGAAAGCAGAUAUAGACGAAAAGCAUGCAAUUGAAGUCAAUAUAUUAAAUAUGCAAUUAAAAAGAGAAAUACUGCAAGUACAAUUGAUAGAGAAGGAAAUUGCAAUAAAGGAAUGCAUUUUACAACGCGUGAAAAAGACUGAAACGUUAGAGGAUAUAGAAAAUUUAAAUAUGUGAUUUACUUCAAAAAAUGAUUCAUAAAGUGAUAAUAUUUGAGCUCACAUAAUUGCACUAUAUCCAAUAAGUUGAGUAAUUUAUAUAUAAACAACUCUUUUUUAAAAAUUGUUUAAAUUACUCAAGAAUAGUACAGUUAAAAAAUAAGAUUUUGUUUCGUUUAUUUUGUAGAAAAUACCGUGAUAUUAGAUUACAGUGAUAUUAAUAUUUUAAUCUAUGAGAGUAAAAGAUCUGAAAGUUUAGUUUUUUUUUUGCAAAAAUAAGUUUAUUUUUAUGUUAAUCGUCGAAGAGAUUUAAUAUGUAUUUAAUGCAAUGACAUAUUAAUACAGAGAAAAUAUGAGCAUAACCAUAUUA